AUGCACCAGCCUUCCCGCCCCGUCUCCCCAACCUUGACUCCUAACAAUGGGACUGCUAAUGCGACCGACGAUUGUAAAACCCUACCUGAUCCCUACAUCGAACGUCUGCGCGCCGCCUCCCUCGUCAAGUCCCCCAACAGACGCGUCAACGCCGAGCCCCUCUCCUCUGGCGCCCCCAACCCCUGGGACUCCCCCAGAGUCGCCUCGCCGCCGAGCCUUACGGGUGUCUCCUACGCAGGUAUGGCGUCCCGUCCUGCGACGCCUCCGGCUCUCCUCGCACUGAAGAAGGCGAACGCGAAGGCCGCUGCACCGACGAAACAUAGCGACGCGGCCGAACGCGAGGGGCCCGCCACAGCGGAGUCUACCCAGAUGCAACCGGAGGUCAUAGACGUCGACGCCACGACCACUGAGGUGACAAUAAAAGAGGAGGAAGACCUCGAACUGAACGCUCUGGCCUUACGACGCACCCGCUCUGACAAGCAACAGAUAGUGGCAAAGGUAAAGAACAAAAAGCAACGAUCGAAAAAGAGCGCGAAGGCCGCAGGCAAAGCACCGGCGAGUGUAGGGAAGGGGCUGCCAAGCUCGGUGGUGCCAGCCGCUGCAGUCGUCCAGACGCCUGACCCUCCCCAGCGCUCGACUAGCGACAUGCGCAAGCGGCGCCGGGUCUCCACGGACGUUGACGGGGACUAUGCGGGGACCGGAGCGACGACUCGCACCCAAGACGCACCCUUGACGACUGACCCCGAAAAGCAGACUCGGUACGUGGUUGACAUCGGGGAAAUGAUGGGCUUCCCGCGCUACGAGGCGUCCCCGGGCCUCGACGACGACCGCGACGACCCACCGGCGACCACCACCUCCGACGUCGACAUGCGGGACCCUGAAAUCUAUGGGCGGCCCAUCAGUUUUGACUAUGAGUCCGGCGCGACGAGACGUGACGACGACCGGCCGAGCUUUCCUUACGCUCGUCGAGCGUCGGACGGAUCCUACUCGACACGCAUCAUCUACCCGGACGACUCCCGUCGCGAGCACCAAUACCUAAGUCGUACCACGGCCCUCCACGAGGGCGACGUUGAAGAUCUAUACGAGAAUGCGAGCGCCUUUGCAUACCCGCCGGCACCUGAGCAAGCGGGUCCGUCGAGGAUCGAGACGUCCAGUGAGCCUCCCCGGCGCAGGGCAGGCCCGCGUAGCACCACACCUGAAGACGUCGAUAUGAGCCGACAGAUGCUGGAAAUCGAGGCAGCCAGUAGGGCGCCGCGCUCCGUGUCUAGCCGACCCAUUCCCCUCUCACCCGCACCCGCCCCGCCUGCCCAGACACGAGAGGAAGAAGACGCUCGCUUCGGGCCCCGCAGGCCGCGCUCACCCUCGGUACUCCACCCGCACCCCGUCCAUUACGCCCCGGGCCCGUUCCCGAACUUCCCUGCUCCCGCAGGACCCAUACAGCCCUCGCGCCAGCACCAGGAGCGCUGGCCGCGCAUCCAGGGCGCGGAUUUUGACCUGGCAUACCGGAACGUGGCGCCCUCGCAAGCAGACGAAUGGCGGAAGGCGACGGACCACCACGUCUUCAUCCACUUCCCGGGGCGCGGAGCGCACGACAAAGGGAACUUCGGUAGACUCUGUACUGCGGACAACAUCCUACGUAUCUCCCUCGCUAUACCGACUGCUAGCAUCACCCAACCUAUCGCCGCCGUGCCGCCUACGAAGCCCAACUCCAGCCCAACGUACUACCGCGUCGGGAACCUAACCAUUGAACAACGGGACCGCUUGCUACGCGAGGGAUGGGUCUCUACCGCCGAGGGAACUUUCGGCGUCGUCUCAUCUGACUCUGUCCCACCCACCUUCCUAGCCUCCUUCCGGCACCCUGAACGGCUGUGCGUACCGCCGACGGUAGAUGGACUGAAGGAGAGCUUCCAGAAGGGGAUGAUGAGUCCAGACCUCUACCAAUACGUUCGCGCACUCCUAACCAUCGACAUCCACUCGGUCCGGGUCAAGUUGAUCUCCAUCCGGGACUCGCGCGACGACGAGGAAGAACCGAUCGCGUUCCUCUACAUGGAAUCGCCGACCGCCGACGCUACCGAAUGGCUCUGCUUCCGCGAACGCAUACGCGGCUUCACGUUCGGCAGCCCGUAUGCUGGCCCUCCCGAGUUGGUCACCCGCGUCUUCUACUGCUUAUUCUGUCAUUCUAUAGACCAUCCCACGCAUGCAUGCACGGUCCCGACGACCCCCGGAUGGAAUGGGCCCUCCCUUGCGGACGCCGAGGAGGCAGAGGCGGACGCGGUGGCAGAGGCGGCCGUGGACGAGGAAACGGCCGUGGUCGUCGCGGUGGUAGCGCCAACUAACGAGCAGCAACGCGCAAGUUUGCUCGGCGUCCUGAGCCAUCCCCCGAGUCUACGCACCGCUGCCGAUAUACCUAUGACUCUCUGA